CUUCCGGUGAAUCUUAGAGUCACGUGAAUCGGUAGGAAUGGCGUUCGUAGUUAGGUCUAGGUCUAUUUAGGGAAAUACAGUUUUUAACAAUGUCAGAACUACUUUUUAAGGUGAUCAUAAUAGGUGAUGCUACCGUAGGAAAAACAAGCUUUGUCAAACGUUAUGUAAAUAACCAUUCAGGACCAGGACGGGAGUAUAAACCAACUGUAGGAGUUGAUUUUGCUUUGAAAGUCAUCAAAUAUUCAGAUGAUACUACAAUACGACUUCAGUUGUGGGAUAUUGCUGGGCAGGAAAGAUUUUCAACGAUGACAAGAGUCUACUACAAGGGAGCUGCAGCUUGUGUCAUAAUGUUUGAUCUGACCAGUCAACAGACAUUUAAUAGUACAAUAAAAUGGAAGAGAGACCUGGAUAGCAAAUGUACUCUUCCUAAUGGAAAGACAAUCCCAUGUAUAUUAGUAGGAAAUAAGAGUGAUUUAUCAAGCACAAGACCCAUUGAGAAAGAAGCAAUUGACAACUUAUGUAAAGAAAAUGGCUUCUUGGGUUGGACAGAGAUGUCAGUCAAAGAAGAUGUCAAUGUAUCAGAGACAAUGGAUUACUUAUUAGCAGAACUGUUAGACAGCUAUAAAAACAAUGAAGAAAAAGUUGCUCAGAACAACACCAGUACUGAUCAAGGAGGAUUUAUUGAACUCACAAGUCACAGGAUCACUAAAGAAAAUGCCAGCAGAUCAGGAUGUUGUUAAGUUAGCUCAUAAAAAAUAGAAUAACUGAUCAAGAUUUCUGUUUGAUUUUUUAACUGGUUAUAGUGAAUUCAUCCCUCCUUGUACCAUGUGGGAGAAUUUUAUAGAGUGAUAUAUCAAGGGUAGCCUGACUGUAUAUCAAGCAUAUUUUUUUAAAAGUGAAUGUUAUUUUUUGAGGAAGUGUUGAAGCCACCAUGUCAGAAUUUUAAAAGUAAGAAAUCAUGGAGUGGGUGAAAAAAGUCUACUUGCUAGUGGGGAGUGGGGAGGGUGUACUAGUGAAGGGUAAAGGGGUCCAAACCCUUUCACUCCCACACUGGUUUUUUUUUCACCAGGCCUCCCUCCUUCUGCCCUUUCAUCAUGGGGUCAUGGGAGGGGGUUGAGGAGUGUACUACUGAAGGGUAAUGGGGUCCCAACCCUUCCACUCCCACACUGGUUUUUUUCACCAGGCCUCCCCUCUUCUGCCCUUUUAUGGGGUGGUAGGGUAUAAUGCAUAUGUGUGAUUAUCAUUUAACCAUCUAAAUUAUAUUUUUGUUACAGGAAAAAAGGUAUAGAGGGUGGGAAAUCAUUAAUUUAGUUUCAGGGAAGAGGGUUUUAUAGAAAAUAAAAUUAAUGAUAAUGUAUAUAAUACAGUUUAUAUCAGUGUUUCAGGAAAAGUAGGCAAUAUGCAUUUGUGCAUGUUUACGCAGAGCUUACAUUUAAUAAUGUUUGCAAUGAUCUUGAUUUGCUAACCAUGCACAGUCGAUCAUACCAACCAUUAAGGAAAUUUUGAGUCGUCACCAGUGCUUUCAAGCAGGCUGUAUUCAAUCUUUCAUUCCAGGCAUAAAAUCAUUUUCCCCUAAAAUUUGUCACUAGUUUUUAAGAAGUGUCAUUGUUUUGCAUGAUAGUGGUUUUCACUCAGCUUUGUUUUUUGAGUGCUCAUUAAAUACUAUAGCAUGUAAAAUCUACACAGUCUGCUUGCUGAAUACAAUUACAUCACAAGGUUGAUUUUUUUUUUUAAUUUAAAUGUCUUCUAUUUUAUAAAAAAAUGAUUAAACAUACAAAGUAAAAAAUGAAGAUAUUUAUAUUAUGGAAGAAGAAUUGAACAAAGAAAGUUUAUGCAGCUGAUCAGUCAAUUCAAUGAAGUGAUUUGCAGUUGUUAUAAAAUAAUAAGGAAUUGCCUAAAAAUUUAUUUAAAAAAUUAUAACUUAGGCACAUGCAUACAGAGAUUUUCCAUGUACAAUUAAGAUAUUAUUAAACGUUGUUAUACAGUUU